UUGAUACAGCUUGCUAAUAUAUUUGCUAAAUUUGAUACAGUUGAAUAAGUUACCGUCAUUAUUAUAUUUUUCAAGAUUAUGUGACAAAAUAUCAUAUACGGUAUCUAUAUUAUAAUUCAUCUAUGAUUUUAUCUGAUUGUGUUACCAAAGAGGAAAUUUCCUUUCUGAUAUUAUAUAGUCAAUGAGCGUUUAAGACAUUCUCAGUUGGUGUAGCAGUUUAUAUUCUAAAAAAUAUAUUCUACUUUUCCAUCUAUGAGAAUAUAUUUUUCAUUUAUGUCAUCUAUCAAAUGAAUAGUAAUAAUUAAUCACACAGUAAUCUUUUUACUUAGAUAUCUACCAGAAUAAUCAAAAUUAAUCAUCGUUAGAGUACCAAUACCUGUUAAAUAUUAAUAUUUAUCAUGUCAGGUAAAUUCAAAUUUGAAUGACAGUUGAUUUCAUUAAAUAGCAACGCAUAUUGUCACUUGUUUUAUCUUUGCUGACAAAAGCAAAGUAGUUCUAUUGUUUGUACCUAUCGUUUAUUUUUAAAAUCUCAUCAAAACGGGGGCUGAACAGUCAAUUAUGUCCGUCUCCCAGAUGGAAAGAAAUUUAUUCAAUCUCAAAUUUGCUGUGAAGGAAUUAGAGAGAAAUUCCAAGAAAUGCGAAAAAGAAGAAAAGGUGGAAAAGGCAAAAAUAAAAAAAGCCAUUCAAAAAGGUAAUAUGGAGGGUGCACGAAUUCAUGCAGAAAAUGCAAUUCGCCAACGUAAUCAGGCACUUAAUUAUUUACGGAUGAGUGCAAGAGUUGAUGCAGUAGCUAGCAGAGUACAAACUGCUUUGACUACACGCAAAGUUACUCAGUCAAUGGCUGGAGUAGUUAAAGCUAUGGAUGCAGCAAUGAAAUCAAUGAAUUUAGAAAAAAUUUCAGGUCUUAUGGAUAAGUUUGAAAGUCAGUUUGAAGAUUUGGAUGUACAAAGUUCAUACAUGGAGAAUGCUAUGUCUCAAACUACAACAACAAAUGUUCCACAGAAUGAUGUUGAUUCUUUAUUACAACAAGUUGCAGACGAAGCUGGUUUGGAGUUGAAUAUGGAAUUGCCAUCUGGACAGUUAGGUAGUAUAGGUACCUCUACUAUCAGUCAAGAACAAGAUGAACUUACACAACGGUUAGCAAGACUUCGUGAAUAGUAAUACAGAUGUAAAAUCUAGUUACAUCACAGGUACAUAAUGAGAAAGAUAUAUCUUUAUCUGCUAUAAUUUGCAUUAACUUAUUAACCUUUUGACUGCCAUAGAAGAGUUUAAUGGAAAUGAUCACCGUAUACUAUUCUUGUCUAUAAUUGCUUGGUAAUUACAUACUAGAUAUUAUAAGCGCCUACAAUUGCACAUAUUUAAAUUUCAAUUUCUUUUUUGUUUUCUAGCCAUAUACAGAGACUGGUUUAUUUUGCAACGGUCGGUGUACAAAGGGUUAAAAGAAAACGUAUAAAAACAUUUUUUUUAUGUAUACUCCAUGAUCUUAAACCUUUUUCUUAAAUCUUAUUCAUUUAUUUCGAGUAAAAUUAUAUAGUAAUAAUAUAAAAAGCUAAAAUCUCCCACCAUCAUUAGGUUUCUCAGUUAUUUGUAUAAGACAAACAUAUAUUGUUCAGUAACUGUACAUAUUUAUUUAAAAUUGCAGAAUUUCAUUAAACCAAUUGAAAAAUAUUAUAAUAAUUAAGUAAUUGAGAAAUAAUUGAGAAAUAUUAUAGCUUAAAAUGAUUUCAAAAUUAUAGCAGUAUAUAAAUAUAUUUAUAGUCAAUGGGAUUAUACAGAGUGUUCUAUUUGAAGUUACGCAUGCAAUUAUUUCCCAAACUAUAGUUCGUUUUAAAAAAUAUUUCAAAUGGAACUUACCCUGUCCUGGGAAGAAGGGCGGUAUCUUAUGGUGAUCACAAACCUUCUCUAAGUGGACAUGCUUCAGAGAUUUCAAGGUGAUCUUUAUUUUUCUUUUUUAUACAGAACUAUAUGUUUUUAUUUAGGUAGACAUGUAACCCUUUCCGGGAUGAAUUUAUCGAACUAUAAUAUAUUGGUGUUUGAAACAUACUGUUGUUGACUGUCCAGAAAUUGUUUCUUAUGUAUUCAAAAGGAUGACUUUUGUAGUCAGUACAAUUAUUUACUUUAUUCCUAUAUGAUAGCUGCACCUUCUCGAAAGUGACAGAACUAAUUCUUCCAAAUUCCUCACAUUCUUGCAAAAUUAGAGGCAUAUCGACAAUCUUAUUGCGAAAUUAUUGCGAAUUUAUUAUUGCGUAUAAUGAACCAUCGUAAAUUAAAUCGUUACCGGAGGAAAGCAUACGUAAUACUAUUUGCAAUAAUAUUGAUUCCUUUGAAGCAACUGUCAUACAAACUGAGGAUAUCUGCCUAGUAGCAAAUUAUAGUUAUUAAUAAAGAAAAACAAAUACGAAUAACGAUAAAUCGCAUCAUUUGUGUAAUUUCGAUUCAUGUUUACAUCUGAAUCGACGCAAUACUUCAGUAAGUCAAAUCCUGAGAACGUUCAAAGAAAGUAAGUUUUUGAAAGGCAAUGAAUGACCUUCGAGUACCAACAUAUUAUGAGUCGAUGAAUUCGUCACGAAAUCAACUACACGCUUCCUUAAAUAAAAAAAAUACAGUUCCGUAUAAAAAAACAAAGAUCUCCUUAAAAUCUCGGAAACACGCCACACCUAGAGAAGAUUUGUGAUCAUCAUAAGAUAUCCCUUAUGAAAUAAGGUAAGUUUUAUUUGAAAUAUUUUUUGAAACGAGCUAUAGUAUGGAAAUUAAUUGCAAACUCCACCUGGAACACCUUAUAUAUCUUUCUUAUCUCUGUAACAAGUACCUAUAAAUAAUGGACACGUUAAAAUGUUCAACACAAAUUGCUUGAAUAAAAAGAGUUUACUUGCUAUAUAUUGAUGGAUAAAAUAAGCUUUUAAUAUAAUCAAAACUCAUUUGUUAUAUUAUAAGAUUAGAUUUCUGUAGAAUAAAAAGAAAGCACUAUUAAUUGUUAUUAAUAAUUAUUAAUAAUUAUUGAUAAUAACUAUUAAUAUAAUUAAUUUUGCACAAUAUUGUAAACAUAGCAGGUACUACUUUCUAUGAUAUGAGAAGGAAUAUACUUUUAUAUAAAGACAAUUUAUCAAAGGAAAGCUUUAUUACUGCAAUGGUAUUUAUGUUGUAAACAUACUGUAUGACAGAACAAUUCAAGUAGAUUGAUUGUACUUUAAAAACAAUUUGUAGCAAUAAAUGCUUGUAUUAUAUGUGCAUCAUAUAUUAAAUAAUAUGAUGCACAGUUUAUUAUAUAUUUGUUUGAUAAAAAUAAAUUUGUAUAAUAAAUAUUUUAAUAAGUAGUAUAUUUUUAUAUGGUUAAUUAUGAAGAGUUAAUCAUGAUGCUGCAGCAGUGCUGUUACCACUUUCUGAGGUAUAAUAAGGGUAUUUCUGUAUCCAAAUUGUAUCAAAAGGUUCAGCCUGUUUCAGAAUUAUCUUUUUCUUUGCAUGGAGUUCUAAAUAUUUGAAAUAUAUAUCAAUCAUCAUUGAGAAUCUUCUGUACGGUCAAAUUUAAGUGAAGACAUAACAAUAGAAAGUAAGAGAUAAUAAAAUUAUAUUAAUUAAUUUAAAUUUACCUAAACAGUGUGCAAAGGUGGAUGCAGCAUCAAAUUUAUUACAACUCUCUGGUGAAAUUACAUCAUGAAAUUUUAUGAAUGUCCUUUCACUCCAAUGAGUUUCCAUUAAUGCUAACAACUCUUUUUUGAUUAAAUGUGUCUUUGAACUACAACAAGAAAAAUAUUUUUAUGAAAUGUUCAAUUAACUGUUGGUAAUAUGUAUUAGAUUCAUAUAUUUGUAACAGUAUGAAGCAAAAAUAACUGACACGGAGGAAGAACUGGAUUUUGCAUUUCUCCCAUCAGAUGAUUUUUCUGUUAUUGUCCUUUCUCUAAAAAAUUUAGAAACGUAUAUUGUAUAUAAUAUAUAGCAAAAUUAAACGUUUACACUAACUAAAUAAUAA